CUUUGUGUUUUGCUCCAUCACCAAUUUCAAUGGCUGUCGCAAUCCCCAGCGCCGUCUCUGAUGCAAUCACCGCAUUGCUCUCGUCUGGCACACCCGGCGACGCCCUGAUCUUGAGCAUUGACAAGAACAAGAACGAGUUCAUCAUUGGCUCGUCGCUGAACGGCGUCACUCCCGAGGAGAUUGCUGAAGAAUUGCCAGAAUCAGUCCCGCGUCUGAUCGUUGCUCGUUUCAAUGUGCCGGUGGACGAGCAACACGUGCGUGAGUAUAUCGUGCUGCUGCAUUUCAACCCGCUUUCUUGCUCGACGCCGUUGAUGCGCACCUACUCUGCUGCCAAAAACGAUCUGUUGAAUGGCAUCAAAUUGCUCAAGGAGCGUGCCCGCGAGUUUGAGCUGAACGACGAGCGCGAUUUCAACCCGACCUGGUUUGGGGUCAAGAUGCGUGGUCUGACUGGCAAGGCUGGCAAUCCGCUGCCCGGCCAGUACUCUAGCGGUGGCUUUGACGGUCGGAUUUGAUCAAAGUCCAGGUGUGCAGUGAUUUGUGAUGCAUGUUGUGUUUGGUUUGGUUUUUGACGUGUUUGACAAACUUUAUGGGCUCGCGAGUGUCGUCCACAGUUUUCAUGCAACAUGAUUCGACUUUCAAUUGUAGUGCUGUUUACAACAACAACAACAACAACAACAACAACAACAAC